GGUAUUUUUGUAGAUUCUAAAAACAGAGCAGACGAUGGCGAGAUCCGAUUACUUUCAGCGAUGAUUGUUUAAUGGAUUUACAACUGUUUAACAGAGAAGAAAAAAGUUAAAGCAGGACGAUUCCCUUGAAGAAAUACUGUUACACUCCGGAUUUUUGUAGUCUCCUUACGCUUUCCUCGGAUACGGACUGGGUGCCUGACUCGCUGUUCUGCCAGCGACGAAGUGGAGUGUAGGUGCGCUUUUACGGCUCUUGGGCGACUCGGAAAGACACCACCGGUUCCAGCAGCAGCAUCCAGUCGAGGGACUGUCACGACACUGACGCUGGAUAUAACAUCUCCGUUGGAUUAAAAAUUCUUCAGUAGUCUGGAGUGCGCAGACACCUUAACUUUAAAAGGGUGUAGGAAGACAAGAAAGGAGAAGGUGGGGAAACAGGUAAAAUAAUGACAAGGCAGAACUGAAAUCCAGAACCCAAAUCAGUGAUUGUGGGAUACAUUUUUAGAGCCAGGCUAAUGUUCUCUCCUGACCAAGAAAACAUCUCUGCCACCAAAGUGCCCAUUAAAUAUGGGGAACUUAUUGUACUGGGGUACAAUGGUUCUUUGCCUAACGGAGACAGAGGAAGACGGAAAAGUCGAUUUGCUUUGUGCAAGAGAACAAAGGCUAAUGGAGUGAAGCCCAGCACAGUUCAUGUUGCCUGCACACCUCAAGCUGCCAAGGCAAUUAGCAACAAGGAUCAACACAGCAUCUCUUACACUCUUUCCAGAGCUCAGACUGUAGUAGUGGAAUAUACCCAUGAUGCUAACACCGAUAUGUUCCAGAUUGGACGGUCAACUGAGUCACCUAUCGAUUUUGUUGUCACCGAUACAGUCCCUGGAAGUCAGAGCAAUUCAGACACCCAGUCGGUUCAAAGCACCAUUUCUAGAUUCGCAUGCAGAAUCAUCUGUGAAAGAAAUCCUCCCUACACAGCCAGGAUAUACGCCGCUGGGUUUGACUCCUCCAAAAAUAUUUUUCUUGGUGAAAAAGCUGCUAAAUGGAAAACAUCCGAUGGGCAGAUGGAUGGAUUAACUACAAAUGGGGUCCUUGUGAUGCAUCCACGAAAUGGAUUUGUGGAAGACUCAAAGCCAGGGGUUUGGAGGGAGAUAUCGGUGUGUGGGAAUGUAUUCAGUCUACGAGAGACCAGAUCAGCUCAGCAAAGAGGGAAAAUGGUGGACAGUGAGACAAAUGAACUGCUGGACGGCUCGCUCAUUGACCUUUGCGGAGCCACAUUGUUAUGGCGUACAGCCGAAGGCCUGUCACACACACCAACAGUGAAGCACCUUGAGGCCUUACGACAAGAGAUCAAUGCAGCGAGACCUCAGUGUCCUGUGGGCUUUAACACUCUUGCCUUUCCCAGCAUGAAAAGGAAGGAAGUGGUGGACGAGAAGCAGCCUUGGGUCUACCUCAACUGUGGUCAUGUUCAUGGUUAUCACAACUGGGGCAACAAGGAAGAGCGAGACGGCAAGGACCGCGAGUGCCCUAUGUGCCGUUCCCGAGGGCCCUACGUGCCACUGUGGUUGGGCUGUGAAGCUGGUUUCUAUGUGGAUGCGGGGCCACCGACACAUGCAUUUAGCCCCUGUGGCCACGUCUGCUCUGAGAAAACUGUAGCUUAUUGGUCGCAGAUUCCCCUGCCUCAUGGCACCCAUACUUUUCAUGCAGCGUGCCCUUUCUGUGCACAGCAGCUAAUGGGGGAGCAAGGCUACAUUAGACUUAUAUUCCAAGGACCUGUGGACUAGAGGUUUUUGUAAUAUGCAUAUUAUAUUAAAGCUUAUGCAUUAUAAGCUAUAUCUUUUCCAUUUUUCUUGAAAAAUGCAUUUUGGGACUUUUUUAAAGUGACCUUUUAUUCCUUUUAGUGAGUGCUGUCCAACUGAGGUAUACAGUACAUCUACAGAGUAUAUAUGUGAACGCUGCCUUGUGAAUGUCUCCACACCUUUGCACUUUUCUAACAUUCUUCUGGCUGAUAAGGCAAUUAAAACGCAUUCAGUUAGGAGUCCAUUUCCCAUAUCUACUUAGGGCACCACAUUUGAGCCUCAGAUAAAUGAGCAGACCCCUGUGUUAGGAUAUAGCGGGUUAGAGAAUGACUGACUGACUGACUAAAUGAUGCAAGAAGUGAUUAGCAGUUGCUCGAAUUUCUACUUGUCGCACCACUUCAUCGCUCUGAAAGCCUUGUGUCAUUGUGGCUUUGCACAAUGUGACUAGCAGAGUAACUCGAGCUUUAUAAGGCCAUGUAGAGCUUACCUGCAGACUGCCCAUCAUUAGGUCCGAACACAGAUUGCCUGUAGCGUCAACCAGGCCAUUUGAGGACUGAACCACACUACAUUGUUUUACUUAGACAUUAGAAUCUUUGUACUGACAAAAGAUGAGUCUUUGUCCCUAUCUCUGGGCUUUUGCAGGCUGAAGCAGGUUUUCCUUCUUAACUCUUCACAGGUCUUCCCAUCUCUGCUGCUACAGAGCAUCCCGAAACUGUGCCUUUGGGUGCUUGAUUGCCAGCUUCUUCUACUUUGCUGCUGCUUCCAAUUCACGCAAUGUAAUAAGAAUGUGGGGUGAACAUUAUAAAGCCAUGUGCUCCUUGAGGAGACUAAUGGUUUAAAAAAAGUAUGAAUGAGAUAUUGGGGUGACUUAGCUAUUAGGUAACCUGUCUUGAUGGACUCCGUGGCCUCCUCUUGUCUGUCUUGUGCAUUUCCAGUCAGUCUGUCUUAUCCUUAGGUUUGGCAUCUGUUGUUUUGGCCCACCAUGGUUCGAAAUUAUUUUUAAAAAAAUCCAGAAUAUCCUCCGAAAAAACAAAAAUUACAUUUAAAAUUCCCUCGAGCAGCGCUGCCCAACAAAUACACACAAGAAACAACAUGCACAGACUGAUGCUGCUCAAGCCCAGCCAGUCCCAGUGUAUCACACUUUUUGUUCGCUUCAUGUGUGCACUCAUCUUUUAUCCUUUAAUGUAAGCCCUGAUCAUCCGCGGUUAUUAACACAUCCACGGGGUGCUGCAGCCAUUUACUCACAGGGCGGUCCAGCCUGUAUCGGUCUGGUUCUUCACCGUGGAGUUUUUGAGGACCCACCUGGGCUUGCUGAGAUUACGCGUGAGAAGAUUCCUUCAGCCUCCUCUAUCGAGUGUGGAGACUGAAUCAGGCACAUGGUGGGAAGACUCGUAUGUGGUGCAUGGCGAGGUGUAGCAGAAUGUGAAAAGUGAGUAAGCGAGACUUUCACAAGGCGCCGUUUACAAUGUGCAAACACACACAUUUACAGUAUUUGCAAUAGGAUUAUUUUUACUUGCAGGGAAUUGAAAA